CAGCCCCUGCUCGGGGCGCUCCAGCCGGCAGUGACAGACUCUCAGCCCCUCCUUUUUUGGGGCAAUUUCAGCUGUUCUUCUCCUGCUUAGGUGGCACAGGGAAGGGGCAUCAACCCUCUGCUUGCUCCCCGCUUCCCAGCAGGCUGGGGGAGCCCCGGGGGGGCCAUUCCUCAGCCCCCCGCUGCUUCCCCCCAGUGCGGCCAGCGUGGAUGUGGGGCUGGGCGAGGUGGGCUCUGGCUCCCAGCUGGGAAGUCGCUGGAAACUCUUCUCAGCGGCUGCAUCUUGCUGCCUUCGUUUCUAGACGCAGCUGCGUUCCAGGGACAGGGGAGGACCCUUGUGUAAAACAGGGCUUUGCUGGUUGCUUAGGGAUGAUGAUGAUGAUGAUUAUUAUUAUUAUUACAAUUUAGGAGAAAAGGGACGGGGGUAGAAGAGAGGACCCACAACCGGGGGCUAAGGGGACGCCUGACGUUCGGAGCAGCAGAGGUUUAGGUGAAAAAUGCCAACCCAGGGAUUAUGAUUCAGGCGCGGGGUCUGCCUGGGGGAGUGGACCCUGCGUGCCUGUUGGCACCGGCCAUGCUGCUGCCUCUCCAUCAAGGCCGAUAUGUGAGAUGGGUGUGUACCGCGUGGCUCCGAAACUCCACUCUAAUAAAGAAAUACAUUUCCUCCCCAAUCUUCAGGCUGUUGGGUGUUCCUUGCUUUUGGGAGGUGCUUUAAAUCCGACUGCCAGAGCCGUGGGCUGCUAAGAGCAGAAGCUGGCUGCACGAUGCUGAGCUCAGGUCUUCCUCCUGCGUUCCUGUUGCUCACAGCGCUGGAGCUGAGCUGGUCCCUGAGUGAUGAAGAAAAGAAGAUAAUCUUGGACGGGCAUAACAAAUACCGCUCCCAGGUGUCUCCCCCUGCUAUGGAUAUGCUGAAGAUGAGCUGGGACGCGGAGUUGGAGGCCUUUGCUCAAGCCUACGCAGAGAAGUGCAUCUGGGACCACAACAAGGAGAGGGGCCGACGGGGGGAAAACCUCUUCGCUAUGGCCCCAACCCUGGACCUGGAAUUUGCCGUGGAAGACUGGAAUGGGGAGGAGAAAUACUACAACCUGACAACUUCCACGUGUGUCCCCGGGCAGAUGUGUGGCCACUACACCCAGGUGGUCUGGGCAAGCACGCAUCAGAUCGGCUGUGGGGCAAAGUUUUGUGAGAAGAUCGAUGGAAUCGAAACAGAGGACAUGUACCUGCUUGUUUGCAACUAUUAUCCCCCGGGUAACAUGAAAGGCCGAAAGCCGUACAAGGAAGGACCCUCAUGCUCGCAGUGUCCCGAGGGCAGAGUCUGCGUCAACUCCUUGUGCGAACCCACAGUAGAAGAGACCACUCCGGCCUCUGUGACAGCAAAGGCAAGCCCACCCACCCCAACCACAGCCAUGCCAAAACCCACAACCACAGCCAAGCCAAAACCCACACCACCAGUGCCCACCACAACCAAGCCAAGACCCACAACCACACUUCCAACCACAACCCCAGCCAAGCCAUCACCCACAACUACAAUCCCAACCACAGCCAAGCCAAAACCCACCACCACGCUCCCAACCACAACCACAGCCACGCUCCCAACCACAACCAAGCCCAAACCCGCAACCACGCUCCCAACCACAGCCAAGCCAAGACCCACAGCCAUGGUUCCAACCACAGCCAAGCCACUACCCACAACCACGGUCCCAAACACAACCACAGCCAUGCUCCCAACCACAGCCAAGCCAAAACCUGCAACACUAGCACCCAUCACAAUGACAGCCAAGCCAAAACCUGCCACCACACUCCCAAUGACAACCCCAGCCAAGCCAAAACCUGCAACACCAGCAGCCACCACAGCCAUGGCCAAGCCAAAACCCACCAAGCCAGCACCCACCACUACUACUGCCAAGCCAAAGCCCACCAUGCUAACAACCACCACACCAAAGCCCACCACAACUGCUACCACUAAGCCAAUGCCCACCACACCAAAACCCACCACAGCCACCACUAUAGCCAAGCCAAUGCCCACCACACCAAAACCCACCACAACCACAGCCAAGCCAAUGCCCACCACACCAAAACCCACCACAACCACAGCCAAGCCAACGCCCACCACACCAAAGCCCACCACAGCCACCACUAUAGCCAAGCCAAUGCCCACCACACCAAAACCCACCACAGCCACCACUACAGCCAAGCCAAUGCCCACCACACCAAAACCCACCACAACCACAGCCAAGCCAAUGCCCACCACACCAAAACCCACAACCACAGCCAAGCCAGCACCCACCACACCAAAACCCACCACAACCACAGCCAAGCCAGCACCCACCACACCAAAACCCACCACAGCCACGACUAUAGCCAAGCCAGCACCCACCACACCAAAACCCACCACAACCACAGCCAAGCCAGCACCCACCACACCAAAACCCACUACAGCCAGGCCAACACCCACCACAACUAUGGCCAAGCCAAAAUCCACCACAGCCACCACUAUAGCCAAGCCAGCACCCACCACACCAAAAACCACCACAGCUACCACUACCACCAAGCCAACACCCACCACACCAAAACCCACCACAACGAUGGGCACAUCAAAGCCUACCACAACCACCACUCCAGCCAAGCCAUCACCCACCACCACUGCAGCCAAGCCAACACCUGCUGCUACAACACCGGCAAAGCCAAAACCCACCACUACAACACCAGCACCUACCACAGCAGCAAAGACACAACCACAAACUUCCACAACCACAAAGCCAGAACCCCCUGAAACAGAACGAUCCAGUCCUACUGAGGCAACGGGGCUGACUCUUUCUUUUGAGCCCUCAUUAGACCUGGAUUAUAAAGCAUCUCCAGAAGCAGAGGUAGACGCUCGAGGGUCUGUUAGCCCCUUAACCACAGAGGAUCCAGCCUUAUUAGAAAGCCCAGCCUUCAGCCCCAAACCAGUCCCAGAAACGAAUACAGGUGUCAAAGAGGAUGGGAAGGAGAAAUCAACCUUCUCCAGUCCACCUCCAUCCCUCAGCCAAGUAGUUCCAGACAUCAGGUUAGGUUUCAAUAAAGCUGAGCUCAUAACCCCCUCAAAGUCAGUGGUCUUCAGCCCCGAAGAGCCCACCUUCUUGCGCUUAACAUCAUCUUCCAAAGAAAAAAAAGGGCAGAGCCCUGCUUUCCAGACCUCCCUCUCAGCAGGUGCCCUGGACACCGAAGAACCGGAGACAAACUCAGAUCAGACAAGCAUGGAUCAGCCUACGGCUGGAGCCCCCAGUACCUGCUUGGGGCUUUCAUUCCUCCUCCUACCCAGUGUCAUCCUGGUGGGCCUUCUGCUUUGAAUGGUCUUUCUCAGCUGUCCCUGCACCAGUCACCAAGGCUUUCUUCAGCAUUGGUAGUUCCACAGCCAUGGUGGGCUUGGGAGACACCAUGGACAAUUCAGGUUGACACUCUCUUCUUAUGCUGCCUUAUCUGCUCCAGCCCCGACAAGCCAAGGGCAGCUGGCAGUCCCAUGGGAACUUGGUCCCCUUCCUGAAGAGACCCAAGGGCAGGAGGGUCUGACAUAAUGCUGGUGACCUUGGAUGCUUCUCCUUUCCUCCCAGCCAGCCUGGGCUUCUGGUCCGUUUCCAGACUGGAAGUGAUGAGCUAUCCCACCCACCUGUGUGGCUGGCAGGCCCCGCUGCACCGUGUCCCCAGGGAAAGCAGAAUGACUUGGAAACCCGAGUGGUGAUGAGACAUGGUCAUUGGGUUUGGUGUUUGUAGCUGAGACGUGGUGGUUUGGUCUUUGUCAGGAUGAGUUUCCAACAAAAAUGCUCUUUUCCCUUCCUGAUGUGCCUGUUCAUCUCAGUUUUGGAGAAGUUUCAUCUCUUCCCUUUUUGUCCAGAAAGAGUGGCUUUGCUUUUUUUUUUCCCCCCACAGGAGAGGAUUUUAUUUUCCCUUCCUGGUUCUAGUAUGUGGCCAGUACUACCCAGAUGUACUCCUUUCUCCUCCUCACACCCCUCGGCCCUUGCCUCCUUCCUCUCUUCUGCCCUGUGCCGCAUGUACCCAUUCCACAGUUAGUCCGUUGCCACCACUUUAUUUUACGCGUGUGCCUGCACCUGGGUGCAUCAUGCACAGAAGAAAAACCUUCAGCGCUAAAGAGGAGUUACGGGCUCCUUCACGCAGCUUUCUUCUGCAUGGCUUCCUUCCUUGCGUAACUGCUGUGUAUUUGAAUUUAGAUGCAGAUCCCAGUUGACAUAUAAUUUGCGUGUGGUGGAACCUGGUCCAGGAGCAACAAGUCAUCACAUGUGCUGGUACAAUUUGAGCUCAAGAGAGACGAGUGAAUGGUGACAGAGGUUACCAGCGGUUCCAGGACUUGUUGCAGGGCUGCUUUCAUUGUCUGGGACACUGUGGUUUAUUGCCCCAUGUCUCUGCUCCCUUCACUGGAAGGUUCCCAGUAAGGUGUGUUGGAUAUGUGAUGAGCUUUGCGGAGCGGUGGAAGGGACUAGGUGAUACAGUCCCUUCUCUGGUUGUUGCAUCCCUUGAUUUCUUAAACAGAUGAGGUGGAGAAUGACCUGAAGGCAAAUAUUUGUGUCCUCCUCCACGAUGCUGUGUCCUGUGCAUCCCCAGAGCAUGCACUGAAUAAAUCCUGUUGUAAAAGCCUGUUGUGGGGCGUGCAGUGUCUCGCUGGGGGAUCCAGAGGCCAGGGACCUGCUUAUUCUAUCUAUAAAAUGUUCUUGAGCGUGUGCUUAUGCAGAAUUACUCCUGGAGGUGCUGAAGGGGGUGUGGGUUCGGCUUUCCAAAAGCAUCCAGGGGCCAGUUUUUGCAAGGUUGCAACUUAAUGUUUUUAAACCUGUGUAAAAGCAGCAGGAGGUGGAGAUGAUCGAGGAUGAUGUAGGGAAUGUUCCCCGAGCCCCCAGCUGAGUGCAAAGCAGAGAUGUGUCCCCGCCAGGAAUUUUUGGUCAAGGAAAGCAAGAGGAAGAGAAGUUGGAGGAAAAAAGAAAGAGAUCAAAAGGGG